AUGCCUGAAAGCAGCGGGUUUAACGAUCGGAAUGCGUCGUUUACGGAUGGAUCCAGGAGGAGUUGCCGCAAUCAGGAGGAUCCUGGAGCCCAGAUCAAUGAAGGAGGUGAGACCGUUGGCCGCCCAGCUCACCGAAUCGCUGGAAAAGCGGGAAACUCGAAGUGUUCAUUGAGUCCAGACGCCAAGCUAGCCGUAGAGUCCUUGAAGAUGGCAUUGACGACUGCACCAGUCCUGGUGCAUGCGGACUUCAAGAGGCGUUUUUUUAUUCAGUGUGAUGCGUCACACGUCAGAGUCGGAGCGGUGCUUUUUCAGCGAGACGACGACGGACAAGAGCAGCCAAUUGCCUUUUUCUCGGCCAAGAUGAAUAACCAUCAGGUUAACUACACCGUAACCGAGAAAGAGUGCGUUGCAACGCUCAUGGCCAUCCGCAAGUUCAGGCCAUACAUCGAAGGGAUACCAUUCACCUACGUCACUGACCAUGCCAGUUCGAAGAAAAGAAGUGAGAACGGAGUGGCAGACACCCUUUCACAGUGUGUGGAGGUGCUAGUGUUGGAUCCGACGGAGUUGUUGGGUUUCGAAACCACCAAGUUUGCUAAAGAAGAUUACCUCGGAUUAGUGAAGGAUGUGAACGGUAAUUUGGAACACUUACCGGACUUAAAGAUCGAGGAUGGUCUCAUCUUCAAGAGAGUUUCUCAAGCGAAUCCGGUUGAUGAGGUGGAAGGUUCCGAGGGGAAAGGAAACCACAGAGUCUGA